AAUCCGACUUGCUCACCCCUAUUUCACUCUUUAUUAUUCAGAUGAAGUUUGAAGAUCUAGAUUACUUAAAACAAAUAUAUGUUUGGAAUAACUAAAUGGGUGUCUUUAUUGCAAUUAAUCUUUCACGAGGGUAUAAAUUUAAUAAAAGCAGAAUAAAUGGUUAAAUUGGUUAGAUGCAAAAUACGGAGGACUUGAAUGUAAUUAUAUAAUUGUUAAAAACCCUAAACCCUAAAUCGAUGGGGUUUAACACAACGGACCGGGCUGAAGUUUGUUUCCUUCGUCGACAACUUCACUCUUCGCCACCCACCACCCGCGCCUUCUCCCGCCGUGCCGUAAACUCCAUCCGCCGGCUCGCCGCCUAAUUUUGUUUUGAAAUUCACUGCAUAUUUAUCUCAAAUGGAGACUUAUUUCGGAAAAGAUAACACUCCAUUUGACCUUGAUUUUCAUCCUUCAAAUAACAUUGUUGCCACUUGUCUCAUAACUGGGGACCUUUUUCUAUAUCGUUAUGUUGCUGAAUCUCCACUCGAAAGCGUGCUGGAAGUGAAAGCACAUACAGAAUCGUGUAGAGCUCUCCGAUUCGUCAACGAAGGGCGUGCUGUAGUUACGGGGUCUCUAGAUUGUUCCAUUCUCGCCACAGAUAUCGAAACUGGCACAGCAAUUGCACGUAUCGAGAAUGCUCAUCCGGAUCCUGUAAGUCGAAUAGUUAACUUGACAGAGUCGACUAUUGCUUCAGGAGAUGAUGAAGGUUGUAUCAAGGUAUGGGAUACCCGUCAACGUUCUUGCUGCAACACUUACAGUGUUCAUACAGAUUACAUAUCAGACAUGACAUUUGCAUCCGAUUCCAUGAAAUUGCUUGCAACAAGUGGUGAUGGCAGUCUAUCCGUUUGCAAUUUAAGAAGCAACAAGAUUCAAAGUCAAUCAGAGUUCUCUGAGGAAGAAUUGUUUUCGGUUGUGAUUAUGAAGAAUGGUAGAAAGGUUAUAUGUAGCACAUCGUCUGGAAAUAUAUUGUUGUACUCGUGGGGAUUUUUCAAGGAUUGCAGCGACCGUUUCGUGGACCUGUCUGGUAAUUCUGUUGAUGCCUUGCUAAAGCUUGACGAAGAUAGAGUAAUCACUGCUUCCGAGAAUGGAAUCAUCAGCUUGGUAGGUAUACUGCCGAACAGAAUAAUUCAGCCGAUUGCCGAGCAUUCGACAGCUGUCGAACGUCUUGCUUUUUCUCAUGAUAAAAAGUUCCUCGGCAGCAUUUCGCAUGAUGAUACAUUAAAGUUAUGGGAUAUGGAGGAUUUGCUGAAAGUGUCUACGACAAAUCAAUCUGCUUCCUCAGACUGCGAUAAUGAUGGGAUGGAUUUAGACGAUAGUAUCCCAAAAUCUUCUAAAGGGACCAAGAGGAAAAAUGGGAACAAAGGACAGAAUUUGGGCAAUUCGAAUAAUUUCUUUGCAGAUCUAUAGUCAUACCAGUGUGAUGAUAUAUAUAUCGACAAUUACUGAUUAUCUCAUGCUGAAAAUGAUCUUACAGGAGCUGAGAACUUCCAAUGUGUACCAAACGUAUCCGUACUCCUCUUCUUUUUUUUUUUUUUUUUUUUUUUUUUUUUUUCUGUAGAUGGUGCAUGGUGAGACUCGAGGUAAUGGUGGAAAAUAAGUUGCAUAGUGGUACUUGUAAACUUUAUCGACAAAAAAGUGAACGUUAUGUUUAAAUGUGGAAUUUGUUAUUUAUUAUGAUAUCUGUAAACUGAUACCAUAUAAAUAUAAAUACAAAAAGAAGGAAUUGAAAACUUA